AGUGCGAGCUGUCACUCUCGUAAGCACCAAUUCCAUUUGAACUGACAGUUUUAGAUCAGUUAAUGGCUCGUCGUCAACGAAGCAUAUCGUGAAUAUAAAUUCGAAAACGUUGCGAUUCGUGGUCUCUCAUCAAAAAGAUGGCAUUGAGAACGGUUUUCAUGGCACUCUGCCCAUUUUUGCUGUGUUUUGAUUAUGUGAUUUCAACGCAUGUAUUUAACGUAAGAAAACAUAGACAGGCUAGGACACUGAUAUAUCCCCCCACAGCGCCAACUCGUCUACAAUUUAUUGGCGGCAUUGGUAUACCCGUUGAAGAUCUAACUUAUGAAUCGGUUACCUCUGGUUAUGUACUAAAAGCAGAAUAUUUUCUACCCGAAACGGCGGACGAAUGGCGCCCAACGUAUUUGAAGCCACAAUCUGUAAACAGACGUAGCUUUGGGAAUGAUGAUUAUCACAAUAAUACAAUUACGCAUGCGCAGAAGACCGGCAAGCGGCAAAGUGCCAGUUUCCACACUAAUUGGCAGAGCAAACAGCAAACGGCUGCGGCCUAUCGUUGGCUCAUCUACAGAGCCAUGGAAAUCUUGAUGAAUAGAGCGGGUCUGGCGGGGCGUGAAUGUAUGCUGCGGAGCAUUUGUGAGCAUGCGGCAAUACCGUUACAUUACGAUAAUGGCAUUUUGGGAGAGAUAUUGCACAUUAUUUUGACUCCUUCACGCUCACGUGAUGAGCUCGGCAAUCCGAAUGACAAAGAUUAUGGACACGCGGAACGUAUUGGCCGAAAAGGCGGUAACUGUGCAGCCACCUAUCCUGCGUGUGCCUACGCGCCAAUCGAACAAAUUACAACCGUUUUAGAGCUGGACGAUUAAAAAAUAUAUUUAUGAAGUUUUUAAUAAAAAAAGUUAAAAAAAUCUUUUAUUCUAUAAAGCCGGAACGGUGGUGGUCAU